UGGAUUUCAGAAAUGUACUUGCCCAAAGUUGCAUUUAAUUAGGCCCAACAAGCCUUUUUCCCAAUUUUAAUGUUCUUUGAUUUAAAUUUUUACUCUUCCUCUUUGAACAAAAUUUUCAUUCUACUAUAAUUCAACGGCGAUUCUCCCUCCGAUCUAAAAUCCAAUUUCAGAAAUGGCAGAGCAGAAGCAGAAGCAGCAAGUGGGAUCUAAAAAAGUGAAUGAACUUCGUCCAUUGGAUAAUGGGAUUAAUAUAACUGUUAAAGCUAUUAGUAAGAAAACAAUUGCACAAAGAAAUCGUCUUGCUGAAUGUUUGGUUGGUGAUGAUACUGGAAUUAUUAUAUUCACUGCUCGCAAUGAUCAAGUGGAUUUAAUUCGAGAGGAUUCUACGCUAGUCUUGACAAAAGCUAAAGUGGACAUGUUCAAAGGAUCAAUGAGGCUUGCUGUUGAUAGAUUUGGGCGUAUUGAAGUUGGUGCACCUGCCAGUUUCUCGGUGGAGAAAGAUAUUAACAUGUCCUUGAUUGAGUUCGAACGUGUAGACGUUGUUGUGUAAGCAGCCAUUGCUUCUCGCUAAAGGGAACAAAAUCCGUGAGUACAACACUUAAUUCUAUCUCUUAGGUACUUUUUACCGUGCAUUUCUAUUCACAUACCGGAAGAGAAGACUCGGACACUUAUUCCCAGAUUAAACCUUUUGUAGUCUUGAAGAAGAACAAGCUGUUAAUUCCUUUUUUUGCUUAUUUACUUGUUGGAUAAUCUAGGAUUUAAAAUUUACAAGCAAUGUUUUAUAGAUAUAUUUUGUUGGACAACCGGUGGUCCUUUUAUUAAUGUAUUGAACCUUUUCUGUAA